UGUAGCAGUUCAGCUGAUUGUCAGAUAUUAGGAUGUGGAGUCACAAGGAGCCUGAUUUUGCGCUGCACAUGCUGUGUGAACUGCAGAAGCAGCAGCAAUGCAGCCUGCACUGUGAUAUAUUACUGCAGACUGACGGUAUCUCUAUCCCAGCACAUAGCUGUGUGCUGUCUGCUGUGAGCCCAGUGUUUUCUCGAGCCUUUGCCAGCUCUCCUUCCGUUCCUCUGGGGCAGAGCAGACUAGUGAGCCUGCAGACGGUUCGGGCACGUGCCCUGCUGAAGCUGGUUGGGUUUAUGUAUUCUGGAGAAAUGGAGGGAGAGGGCUUAGAUGAACAGCAGGAAGUGUUUGAUGUUGCCCACAUGCUAGGCUUCACGUACUUGACAGAUGGAAAGAAAAAGCUGUCAGACAGGCAGCAGGAGGAUAUAAUGACAUGGCGGACGAUUGGGUUGCACAGAGAACGCAGGAAGAAGGAUGCCAGUGUGCAGAUCCUGUCAGAUAAAAAGAUUUUUAUGCAUUUAGGGACGCAGACAGGCGGUCCUGGAGCAGAAACUGAUCUUGUGUCAGAGACUUUGCCUAAUAAAAUGAAAGUUGUGACCGGUGGAUCUGACAGCAUUUCUACACCUGCUGGGUUUGACUGUGAUAAUAAUAAUGUUUCCUCACCCUCCAACAUCAGUGAAGCUUUGGUUAGGGUCCAAACCAAACAUCAGCAAAUCCAACCGGAGAAGAAACAUGUGAAAAUGCCUGAUAUGGGAGGCACACAGAUCUCUCUAAAGAUUAAACUAAAGAGGCAAAUGAGUGGGGCCUUGUGGGAGAUUGUUAGUGUCCAUGAGGAGAACACGACGAAUGGAUCAAAAGCGUGUGACUCUGCUUCAGAGAGGUGUGACGCUGACCAAAGAAUGACCAACAACCACACCGAGGUCUCGGCUCUCCACAGGGAAUCAAGCACGCUCACACAGACCCACAGAAACUGUCCAGAAAUCCAUCUAAGCCCCUCUCCUACAUUCACAGCUCAGAACCUUGGAACUGUAACUCUGACGCCUCCCUCAGACCUGACCGCCUCUUCUCCAUUCAGACCCCUUUCAGAGCAUUCUUUUCUCUGCACCCCUCAUCCCAUCCUUCUGUCCCCACCUUUACAGAUGUCACCUCCGCCCGUCUCACCAGAUCUGGCUCAGCCCGAGGAGUCUGAUGAGCAGAUCGUCCGGCUGUUGGAGGACAUGGACAUGAUGGGUUUAAGCAUCUUGCCCUCUGUAUCCAUGGAGAGGAUCGGUGACUUGCAUCACCUGAGCCCAGUCUGUUCUCACCUGGAUCAGAAGAUUGAUGCGUGUGAGGUUGCCGUUGAUGCACCGAAUCGGAACCUUUCUGUUUAUGGAGAUGAUCAAGGGAUUAAUGCGUCUAAUGGAAAUGAGACAUCGUCAGGCUCUUCUGGACAAGAAAAAACAGGUUCUGAGUGUUCUGCUUUUGAGAACCUCGACUUGUGCACAACGGUGGAGCUACAGAAUGAUGCAUCAAUAUCAAGUUCAGCAUCACUUGCCGUCACCUCUCCGUUCAUUAGACAGGAUAAAAACCAUGAGACUCUGCCGAAGGAAAACGAUGUCUGGAAGGGCUUGUGA